GCUUCCGAUAUCUCCAGAGGUCGGAUGGCGUUGGUCGCUAGGGUUUCAACUCGUCGCGUCUUCUCCCGCCACCUCCACUCGCCCUUCCCAUCUCCUCUCACCGCUCACGCCUUCAUCCCACUCCCGUCCCUCACUUCCCCUUGCCUUCCCGCUCGGAAUCGCGCGGUUACUGCUUGCCUGAGCUCUUCUGCUCCGGCCGUAAUCGAUGCCCAGACGGCCGGCCGGUGGAAGCCCAUGUGUCUUUAUCACACCCAGGGUAAGUGCACCAAGAUGGAUGAUGCUUUGCAUCUGGCGAAGUUCAAUCAUGAUUUUAUGGUGGACCUUAAAGCAAGCACGAGAAGCCUGAAUAAACUGAGGCCUCAGAAUUUGGAUUAUCUUUUAGUUCUCGACCUAGAGGGGAGAGUUGAGAUUCUUGAAUUUCCUGUUCUAAUGAUCGAUGCCAAGAACAUGGAUUUUAUUGAUUCAUUCCACAGGUUUGUACGACCAGCAGUAAUGAGCGAGCAAAGAAUUAACGAAUAUAUUGAAGGAAAAUAUGGAAAGUUAGGGGUUGACAGGGUGUGGCAUGAUACCGCUAUCCCAUUUAAAGAUGUGCUUCAUGAAUUUGAACUAUGGAUGAAAAAACAUCACUUGUGGGUGAAGGAGCAAGGAGGCUUACUUAAUCGAGCAGCUUUUGUAACUUGUGGGAACUGGGACUUGAAGACGAAGAUUCCUGAGCAAUGCAAAGUUUCAAAGAUAAAGACUCCUUCAUACUUCAUGGAGUGGAUCAAUCUGAAGGACAUAUACCUCAAUUUUUACAAGAGAAGGGCAACAGGAAUGAUGACAAUGCUGAGGGAACUGGAAAUACCCUUGUUGGGAAGUCACCACCUUGGGAUUGACGACACUAAGAAUAUAGCAAGAGUUCUUCAGCGUAUGCUUGCUGAUGGUGUCAUCUUGCAAAUUACUGCAAAGAGGAGUUCUUCAGUUCCAGGUGAUGUGAAAUUUCUUUUCACAAACCGAAUCAGAUGAUCUUAUGAUUACUUGAGAAAUUUUUGCACAUACAAGAAGAGUGUUGCAAGAGCAGUCAUGAAUGGGCAUUGUAUGAAAACUUAAACCCUAAUGUCAAAGGUUUAAGAACUAACUUGCCUGCUGUAAUGUUGGCAAUCAAUUGACAUUUCCACCUCGAGUAUACAAAGCUGAGGCUCCGUUCAUCAUACAGGUUUAUAAGUCCGAAGGAGGAACUAAACAAGUCAUUUGGGUGUUAUGUUGCCCGAGUUCUGUUACACUUAUGUAUGAGUAAUAGUUCUGAUAUUGACAGUACACUAAAUAAGAAAGGCUGAUUUGUUGUCAA